CUGUCUGUCUGUUACUCGUCAUCUCACUUCUCGAGUGUUCGUUCGUCUCACAAAGGAUACCACCUACUGAACGGGCAAUGAAGGAAAUAUCAGAGCACUAAACUGAUUGUCUCCCGCCAUGUCAUCCAAAAUACCCUGGCAGACGAAUCCAUCUCCAGUGAAUCCAGUUGAGCACUCACAAGUGAACCCUCCUACCACAUCUGUACAUUGUGCAUUCUCAUGACAAAUGCUCGCAGGAGAA